AUGAAGAGGGCUGAGAAGUAUAUAAGACAGGAUGACGCUCUGGUGACAAGCCGAUUCGCCAAGGGAGUGGCAAGCAAGGAGAAAGCCCCGGAGGAAAGAAGGCCGGAGAAGCAUGAAAAGAAACAUGGCAAAAGGUCUGAGCCUUACAGACAGCCUUGGGAGCGAAGGGACCAAAGACCUCUUCCCCCUCGGACCUCAGAGCAAAGGCCACUCCCUUCAUGGGUUCCGGAGAAGCCAACCCCACUUAAUGCCUCUAGAGCCGAAGUGCUCGUAGCUGUCCAGGAUAAAGAAUUCUUGCAAUGGCCUAAGCCCCUGAAAUCGAAAGCCGACCAGCGAAAUCCUGACAAAUAUUGUCAGUUCCACCGAACUCAUGGUCACGACACCAACAACUGUUUCCAGUUGAUUGCAGAAAUUGAGAGGUUGAUAAAGAGAGGGCACCUAAAGAACUUUGUAAAGAAACCGGAAGGACAGAGACCUCAACCCAAUUCGGCAGCCCAAACGCCAAGAAGAACAGGAGCUAACACUAUCGUUGAACACUCUUCAACAACCAUCACUUUCUCCUCGGAGGACGCUCAGGAUGUUCAGAUGCCUCACGAUGACGCCCUUGUCAUUGAAGCUGUUAUUCACAACUACCGGGUAAAGAAAAUCUUGGUGGAUGACGGAAGCAAGGUAAACCUGUUGCCUUAUCGAGUCUUCCAGCAGAUGGGAAUUCCUGAAGAGCAACUGGUUUGGGAUCAAGCCCCAAUUAAAGGGAUUGGAGGAGCACCAGUGACGGUGGAAGGGAAAGUAAAACUAGCCCUUACUUUGGGAGAGGCUCCGAGGGCUCGCACCCAUUAUGCGGUGUUCUUGGUGGCUAAACUCCCCUUAAGUUACAACGCGAUUUUGGGAUGA